GAUAAAAAGAAGAAAAAAAUAUUAAAGCAAAGACUGCACUACUCCGUCCCACUGGCCUGUUGCAAUGUCAACAUUUCUCUGACCCGUGAUAUCUAUACAUACAACCUACGUAUCGCCUGCGCCCCCCCUCUCCUCUCUCUCUCAUUCUUGUCGAUCGCGAGGAGGGAACCCCCUCUCCCAGCUCGAUCAUCCUUUUUUUUAGUCCCAGCCUCGCCGCCUUUUGCAAAAAGGGAACUCGAGAAUCAAGGAACAAAUCGCCCACCUGCACACACCAAAUCAAUACCUGCUUUCUCUUGUCUUACCUCAGCGCCCGCCCGACUGCCACCGUCUGCGUUACAGGACAUCUCACCUCUUUUAUUUCUGGUCGUCACUGCAACCGCACCGUUCGCCGGCACCGUACAGCGUGGACGUGUAUUACUGCAGCACGCAUCCCACACGAUUGCCGGCCCUAAGUCGCCAGGGAGCAAAAGGGAAAAAGGGAAAAGGGAAAAAGGGGGGGCAACCGCCAUCUCCACCGUGUGUUCGGUUCAGCAGAGGCAGCAGCAGCAGCAACAACAACAACAACAACAACAGUAUACCAGCUACGCACUCAAUCCUACCCGGUCGCUAAUAUCCAUCAUGGACGCCCAGCCGACCUUCAACGGCACCCAACCUUCUGCCAUGUCAUCGUCGUCGUCGACACAGCCGUCCCCGACACAGCCGUCUCCGACCGGCAACGUUGUGCCGCCGGCGCCGAGGCCAAUCAAGGCCCCGUCCACCGAGGCCUUCCUCAAGGACUUCACCCUUGUGGCCGAGGCCGCGAAACGAGCGCAGAUGGCGGUGCUGAUGCGGGACUUUGAGAGCGUCGGUCUGAAUUAGACUCGAAUAGGGGAUUGGAGAGGACUAUCCGUGGCUCAAUUCUUUUCUUUCUUUUUUUUUUUGGCCUCCGGCACCAGAAAGAAUGGCGAGACGGCGGGCACCGGUGCGGAACCGGAAUGGUCAGUUACGCGGCG